CGUGACCAAUAGUCGUAUGGCGUUGUGCCGUCGGGUCGCGUCAGUCGAACGUCCGGAGUCAUUGUGGCCACACGCCCUGCUGCCAACAUAACGGAACUGAAUGUUGUUGUCACGUGGCAAACGUCACAUGCGGCGGGAAAGUUUUGGCAGCCGCGUGCGUUUCCGAACGCAAUCAAACUUUUUCGGCGGCGUGUUUUUUACCGGCCAGUGCUGAACUUUUUAUUGAAAUGACUCGGAUUAAAGUCUUUUUUGUGUAGUUUCGCAGUGUUUUUGGGGACUUUUUUUAAUAACGUGGUCAUUAUGAACGUGUGUGGGGUAAUCGCGCUCGGCUUCGGCUUCCUGCUGGUUUUCCCGAGCCCUUCCUGCUCUAACUCUGAUAAUAUGGGUUUCCUCCUAGGAACACUGAAGUUAAUGCAGCGGGCAUCCUGCGAUGAUGACGAGGUAGCCUUGGCGUGUCCAGCCACCACCACCAUCAGCAUACAGGUGGCUCAGUACGGGAAGGCGAGCAACAACUACAUGUGCGACACAGGCUUGCCCAUCGUGGAGGAUGAUGAGAACUGUCUGUGGCCUAAUACUAUGCAGUACUCGCUGCUACAAACAGUCGUGGAGGCGUGCCAGAAGAAACCGGAAUGCAAGUUCAGCACCAAGCCAAGACCAGGGCUGGAGGACCCAUGUCCUCAUACUAGGAAGUUCGUCGACGUGGCUUACAAGUGCAGACCUUACGAAUUCCGCAGCCGGACCUGCUGUCAAGAUGACCAUAUCAAGCUGAGCUGCAAACCUUACUCAAGAGUGGCGAUAUUCGAUGCUUUGUACGGCAGAAACGCGUACGAACCAAUCACGUGCCAUCAGACUGGAAUGCACAAUGAAACAUGCAUAGCGCCUCAUACCCUUGACACCGUGAUGCAGAUAUGUCAUGGGAAGCGAAGGUGCCUGAUCGAAGCCAGCGAUAGGGUGUUUGGUGCGCCAUGCAACUCGUCUACGAGGACCUACUUGAAAGUUAUUUACGCUUGUGUGCCGUUAGGUGUUCUCAAGCCGAAGCACGAAAGCAAAUUACAAGAAGACGAAAUACCGAAUGGUAAAAACAAAAUGAAAACUGACAAUGAUAACUUUUUCGACGAAACAGUUGACUUAGACCUCAUUGAUACCACCACUGAAGAAUGGGCAGGCGAAAGGUGGGAGCAAAUCAACCCAGCCUUGCCGAUGCCUGAAGAACCGACGGUCGCUACUACCACCAAAGCCAGUGCGGAAGUGACGACCCAGAAGAAUAGGAAGGAAUCUGAUAUAGGUCCAGGAUCGUCCCAAACACAAAUAAAACAGAAGAUAUUCAUCUACAUGGGCAUCGGUAUUCUAAUACUCAUAAUAUUAGUAGCCGCUCUCUUUGGGUUUCGCUACUAUUACUACGUUCGGCGAACGUCCGAGCACUCCAAAAACGGGGACAUGUUCACUACGGAACCACCGAACGUUUUCAGCGAUGGCGCGUCAGAUAUUGACAAUGAUAUUGACGUCAGCCACAUUUCUGGAACCUUCUACGAUCCUGUACAUCCUGACAUGAUUCUGUAUAGAGACUGUCCAGGGAACAAGGGUUCUAUCAGAGCCAUGAGGCCCCUCUCAACUAUAUACCCUUGUUCUGGAGUCAGUAUGUAUGGAAACGAAUACGUGCCUCCACCGAGAGUGAUUCAACCCUUGAUAGAAGAAGACGAGGGAAGGGUGCGGAGUCCAAAGAGUUUAGGUACCUACUCCAACUCGCAAUUAUAUUAUGGGUGACGGCAGGAGCCAGGGGGCAGCGAGGAUGCCUCCAGAACGUAUUGUUUUUGAUCCUGCUGAUAUAUUCUACGUGUAAAUAUGAGGAGGGGAUGAAAGGGUAAUUCGUAUUGUAAGACAAAGUCUAAAUGGGACGAAAAACGAGUUUUUAUUUCGAGUGAGCAAAAUUGCGGAGAUUUUUUGUUAAAAAGUUUUCUUAUCUGUGAGUUUUCUAUGUGGCCAAUGAGCCGUAGCUCAAGCUUGUGAACUUUGCAGACAGAGUGACAGGUGUCAAUAUACAACUUGAUUGAUUCGUCGGUUCAUUCGCGCCCAAUAUUGCUUGAGUUUUUUUUAUUGUAUGUUAAUAUUGUUAGGCUGUAAGUAGUGGAAAUUACAGUGAUAUAAAUAUUUAGUUCUUUUCUUUUCCUAAAUAAGUAGGUAAAAGAUAUCAGCUGACUCGAAAUAAAAACUGGGUUAAGGAUGUGUAAAUACGGUCAACUAGGAUUGACAAUGGAUGUGUCUUUGAGCGAAUUUUUCUAUCUCUAUCACUCUAAAGUCGCUGACACAAGAGAGACAGAGAUAGUAGAAUCGAAUCAGUUGUGCAAUAGGUUCUGGGGUUACAAAGCACGAAUGUGUAAAAAUCAGCUGGUAAACAUAACUAUAAAUAAUAAUAUCAAUGUAUAGUCUACGAUUCAAGAAAAAUAAUAAACUUCCUAUUUUCUUUCCUCUAUCUCACUAAAUUAAAUAUUGCAAAUAUUUAGACGCACCUCUAUAAUGAAAUUAUUGUCAAAAAUAAAUAUCUACUAGCACGUACGUCAUGAAUAUAACAAGCUGUGAUUAAUAAUACGUUUAAAUAAUACGCAUUUAAGCUAUUAUACUGUUCAAAUGUAAUUUGUAAUUAUAAUCUAAGUACAUAAUAUAAAAAACUAAUCUGUGAAAUCUAUGUCAUUUAACUUUGGUUUCGUUACUUACUUUAGUAGUACAUAAUUAUGAUUUUCAUUUAUUAUGUUUCUGUAAUAAUCACAAACAAUUGUAAUCUUUUUGUAUUGUUUUUUUAAUA